GACUGCCCCGCUCCAUGUAUUCUUCAGAUCCCACCACAGAGGAGGAGAGGAAGAGGAUGAGUGGGGAACAGAUAGGUCUAACUUGUUUGGACAGAGAGAGAGAUCCAUACAUCAGGGAUAAUAAGGAAAGGGUGGAGUUUGCAAGGAUCCAUCCCUCUAACAGCUGUCACGCUGACCUCACCUCUCAUCUCAUGGUCCCAGGCGGGACUUCCCUCCAGUCUGGCCAAUUAGGAGAUCCUGCUGCACAUUCUGCUCACCAUCAUUGGAUGCCAAGAACUGGGAGUCCAUCACUCUGGAUGAGUGGUCAUUCUUAUGGUAUAGGUCAUACAGCCCUGCACCAGAAUCUGCCCCCAGGUUUCUCUGCAGCCAUGCCAGGCCCCCUGCAGCCGGUUUUGCCUCUGCCUCAGGAUCCCUCUGGCCAGCUGGUUGUCCUGCCCACUGAGCCCCCUGCCCAUCCUGCAACCCAUCACCUGGAUGUGAUGGAGCAGCAAGGGCUGUGGCCCCCUGUGUACGGCGCCCGGGGCCCACCCUCCCACAUGCAACAUCCUGCUGUGUACUCCCGAUCCCAGUUUCUACGGCAACAGGAGCUGUAUGCUCUCCAGCAGCAUCAACAGCUCCAACAUCAGCAUCAACAUCAGCACCAGAGCCACCCGUCACAGCAGCUACAGCCUCAACCUCAACAGCAGCAGCAGCAGCAGCAGCAACAGCAGCAGCACAGAGCUACACAUGGCAUGGACAUGCAACAUCAAGCCUCUCACAAUGCACAGAUGCAGAAGAGGACAAAUGAGCCCUCGGUUGAGCUGGAGGAACUCAUUUCAGAACCCAGAACGUCCAAACCUGCCAAGCCCUACUCCUAUAACCCGCCCCAGAGGAACGCCUCUCCCCCUGGGGCCUGUGCUGCUCACCUGUCCCCUUGCUGCCAGUCCCCCUCCCUGCGAGCGCAUCCCAAAAGCACUCCUUCGACACCCUGCCCUGCUCUCAGCCCCGCCACAGCGGCCCCUCACUCACCCGCCAUCAGCCCUGCCCCACCACAGAUGCCCAAGGGCGCCGACUCUCAGGACAAGAGAGUGGAGGGUCAGCCCCCACAGGUUUAUCCAGAGUCUUUGGAGCCUGACUUGCCUCCAGGAUACACCUACCCUGCUAUUGCCAUGGGCUAUAGGAGCGGACCUUCCCCUCAGGAUGUUCGACUGGCUGAGCCAGCCGACCUGGAAGCAGUCCAAGUGGAGCCUGCUGAGCAUGCUCCUGAACCUCUCUCCAGGCUGGAGGAGGAGCUAGACUGCCAAGCGGUGGUCAGGCCUCUUUCAGAGCCACUCCCACCUGAGGAAGCGGGGCAGGAAGAGGAGGGAAUGGUGGUCGACAGAGUUCUGGAGCAGAAGGAGGAGGCGGAGGUAGCAGCCAACUUUGUGCCUGGGAAGGAGGAGGUGGAGGAGCAGAGGCCUGCUGAGGAGGAGGUGCUGGUUUGCCCCCCUGCUGAGAGCCCAGUGUGCGAGGCUGCUUCCUGUCCAGUUCCCCUGUCAACAGAGGAGUCUGAAAGGCCAGAGGCUGUCAUCACGUUGGAAGAGGAAGACGAUGAUGGGGCGGUGGGGGAGGGGGCCCAGGUGGAGCAGGCUCAAAAGGUCAACAUGCCUGGAGAGCAGGAGCCAGACCUGCCCACCAUCUUUGAGCUUGCCCCAGCUUCCCCUGCAGCUGCAGAGUCGCAGUCCCCGGCCCCUGACGGAGCAAAGGACAGUGAGCAGCAGCGCGAGAAUGAGAUGACCACUGAUGACGCCUCAGUGGAAUUUGUGUGUCUUUCCCCAGCCUCAGCUUCCUCUCCGAGCCAGACAACUGUCUCGGUGCCCCACAAACCUCUUGUGCCGUGUUACUGGAGUCUGGAGCUGCUUAUUGCUGCUGCCUUCUGCACAGACGUUCCUCCAUUUCCCAUGUUCCCCUUCAGCACCCCAUCAGUUGCUCCAUCGCAGCCCAACCCCCACCAGGGUAUGGAGCUUCUGAGUGAGCUGGCAGAUCUAGAGCUGCAACAGCGGAAGCGCACCUGUGGAAAAAGCCAGGAAGAUGAGUUGCUGAUGUUUGACCUCCAAAGUCUUGCUACCCUGGCCACAGCCCGUGCACUGGAGAUGGGCACCCAGGAAGGCAGCACUGCGGGUUCGGGGCGACACUUCCCCGCCCGCAAGAUCCUCAACUUGCGUCGGAAAUGCAGCUGGACGCCUCGUAACGAACCAGUUUGCCCGGCCAAAGGUAGCAUGGAAACAAUGGAUGGUCCUGAGCUUGCAAUGCGUGUAAAGUUGGCUGAGCUACAGCGCCGCUACAAAGAGAAGCAAAAGGAGCUGGCCAAACUUCAGAGGAAGCAUGAUCACCAGAAGGAGGAAACCCCACGCAGCCCAGCGCGACGAGGACCGGGUCGGCCAAGGAAGCGGAAACCCACCCUCACCACAGGUCCAGUGUCCUCAUCAGAGGGCCAAAGAAAAGUCAAGCCAGCACUGAUCGGAGUGGGGACGCUGAUGCUGGGUGACAAUGACACUCAAAUGAAAGG